GCGGCGCGUGUUGACAGCCGCGGCGGUGGCGGCGGCGGCGGCGGAGCGCGGCGGGCGGCGGGACUCGGCGCCUCCGGUUCCUGCCGCGCGAUCUGAGGCGGCGGCGGCGGGGGCGGCCCGGCGGCCCGGGAUGGCCUUCAUGGAGAAGCCGCCGGCCGGCAAGGUGCUGCUGGACGACACGGUGCCGCUGACCGCCGCCAUCGAGGCGAGCCAGAGCCUGCAGUCCCACACGGAAUAUAUCAUUCGGGUACAAAGAGGAAUUUCUGUAGAAAACAGCUGGCAGAUUGUUAGAAGAUACAGUGACUUUGAUUUACUGAACAACAAUUUACAGAUUACAGGACUAAGUCUACCUCUUCCUCCCAAAAAGUUGAUUGGGAACAUGGAUCGUGAAUUCAUAGCUGAGAGGCAGAAAGGUCUUCAGAAUUAUCUCAACGUUAUCACCACAAAUCAUAUCUUGUCUAACUGUGAGCUGGUUAAGAAGUUUUUAGAUCCAAACAACUAUUCUGCAAACUACACAGAGAUUGCCUUACAACAUGUUUCCAUGUUUUUCCGGUCAGAACCAAAGUGGGAGGUGGUAGAACCAUUGAAAGACAUAGGUUGGAGGAUAAGGAAGAAAUAUUUCUUGAUGAAGAUUAAAAAUCAGCCAAAGGAACGGCUAGUGUUAAGCUGGGCUGAUCUUGGUCCAGACAAGUACUUGUCAGAUCGUGAUUUUCAGUGUCUCAUCAAACUUCUGCCUUCCUGUUUGCACCCUUACAUCUAUCGGGUUACUUUUGCCACAGCUAAUGAAUCUUCAGUAUUGCUAAUUAGGAUGUUUAAUGAAAAAGGAACUUUGAAGGAUCUGAUCUACAAGUCAAAACCAAAGGACCCUUUCCUAAAGAAGUACUGCAACCCUAAGAAGAUUCAGGGCCUUGAACUCCAUCAGAUAAAAACAUAUGGACGACAAAUAUUAGAAGUACUAAAGUUUCUACAUGACAAGGGAUUCCCUUAUGGACAUCUUCAUGCUUCCAAUGUGAUGCUAGAUGGGGACACUUGCCGGCUGCUAGACCUUGAGAAUUCCCUAUUGGGCCUUCCUUCCUACUACCGAUCCUACUUCACACAAUUCAGGAAAAUCAAUACAUUGGAAAGUGUAGAUGUCCACUGCUUUGGCCACUUACUGUAUGAAAUGACAUAUGGGCGACCACCAGAUUCAGUGCCUGUGGAUUCCUUUCCUCCUGCACCAUCCAUGGCAGUGGUGGCCGUGUUGGAGUCUACGCUGUCUUGUGAAGCCUGUAAAAAUGGCAUGCCUACCAUCUCCCGGCUCUUACAGAUGCCAUUAUUCAGUGAUGUUUUAUUAAGGACUUCAGAAAAGCCACAGUUUAAGAUUCCCACAAAGUUAAAAGAGGCAUUGAGAACUGCCAAAGAAUGUAUAGAAAAGAGACUAAUUGAAGAACAGAAACAGAUUCACCAGCAUCGAAGACUGACAAGAGCUCAGUCACACCAUGGGUCUGAAGAAGAAAGAAAAAAGAGAAAGAUUUUAGCUCGAAAGAAGUCUAAACGAUCUGCUAUUGAAAAUAGUGAAGAACAUUCAGCAAAGUACAACAACUCCAAUAAUUCAGCAGGAUCUGGGGCCAGCUCACCUCUCACAUCCCCAUCAUCUCCGACUCCACCCUCUACAGCAGGGCUGUCUGCAUUACCUCCACCUCCACCUCCGCCGCCUCCACCUCCACCACCAGCAGCUCCCUUGCCUCCUAUGGGCACAGAGGCACCUGCCCAGUUCUUGCCCCAGGCUGUGAAUGGUGUGAGCAGAGGGGCCUUGCUCAGCUCCAUACAGAAUUUCCAAAAGGGAACUUUGAGAAAAGCCGAAACCUGUGAUCACAGUGCUCCUAAAAUUGGCUGACACUUCCUGGCUUCCUGUUUACACUGGAAGAGAAAGGUUCUUUAUCCAUCCCACUCUUAACCCCUAAAGUUCUCUCUGGAUGAGUCCUCCAGGGCCAGUACAGCCACAAAAUUUUGCAGAGGCAUUUGGGUAAGAAGCUUUUCAACAGGGAAAUACCCUCCAAGUAGAAUGAAGUUGGCUGGCAUUGCUGCCUUAAUUUGCUCCUUUAUGAUCACCAUAUAAAGGAGGCUUAGUCAUCCUCUAAUGGGCAUCUUUUGAGGGCAGUGGCUUAUUGGAGCAAGUAUUUUCACCAGCUGAAGGAAAUGGACAGAAAAACAAGAGCAAUGACAAUAUUCUGUCACAGCAGUGAAGGCUGUUGUGUUGCAAUCCUUUCUACGCCAUCGGAAAUAUUUCUCUCAUAGCUCAUUUUCUCUACAGCAUUUUCUGGUUACUUCUUAGGUAAUUCUUAUUUCUGCUUCCAUUAUUUCCCUUCAGCCAUUACUACUAUAGUCCAAAGCAGUCAAGUUGCUGAGUUGGAGAAGCAACUGAAUUCAUUUUCCCCUCACAUCAUAGGGGAGGAUUUCCUUGGUCACUGUUCCAAAAGGAGUCCCACUGUGCCUGUUGAACUUUGAGCUGUGAAAGCAACGAGGGACCCAUACUUCUUUUUAGUUAGAAUGUACUGAAACAGACAACAAAAUGUUCAUAG